AUGGUGUUGAAUGCGGCCGAGGGAUUGUGGGUACCUUUCUCUAAGCUGCAGAGGUACCCAAGACUUAAACUUACCUCUCCCUCAUCUCCUUCUCGCCCUCCUCCACUCCUCUCAUUCUGGCGCCUUCCGGUGUGGUUCGCAUAUGUUCGAGCCACGUCAGCAUUUGCUGACAUGCGCUGGGCAUGUGCGCUAAGCACUGGCGGUUGUUGGGAUCGGGCAGUAGUGAAUGGUGGUCUGGAUGAUCCCUCAAUCCCACUUGAAACCUAUUCUGCAUUUUGGCCUUUCUUCAAAGUCAACAUUGGCCAUGUGUCCUCGACCGAUGCUCGAAACUGCCGUUAUCUCUGUUGGUUUUAG